GGGGUCAUUCAUUAUCAAAAUAAUAGUUUGAUAUGCUGUAGGGGGAAAAUGUCCAACGUUGCAUUCAAAGGUAGCCAGCAGGGCCGUUUAUCAUCAGGAAACAGACGAUCGCAAAUUUGAUUCAACUGUAAGAGACUGGUGCCGAAGGUUUGUUCUCGAAACAAAAACGGUCACGUAAUUUCAGGGAAAUCACACUUCCGCUUUUGUUGAAGGAGAUAGCGUUGAAGAAGCGGCGAUUCUUUUGAGGUGGGAGACUACAAAGGGAAAUUAUUUUACAAUGGGAGGAAGUGAAUCUAAAAUUGUAAGUAUAGACGCACUUUGUAACUUUUACGUUCACCAAAUCAACUUUGACAAACAUUGUAAGCGUGUUUUGCUCUUCCCUUCGUUUGCAAAUAAAAUGGUUCUCUUGCACGUCAAAGUUCAGGAAUAACUGGUUACACUAUUCGUAAGAAAUACAAUCAAAGCGAUCAGGCUUAGUCAAAAGUUUGAAAAAAGCAACACAGAGACUAAAAUACUAUUAGUUCUGUAGAAUCAUUUCUAUUGGAGAUCAACUAAACACUUACACAUGGAAAACUUAGCAGUUUGCAUUACAGAAGGUAACGCAGCGAAAGCGAAAGACGUGGAUAUUUCGAUUUCGUAAGAUAAUCGAUCAAGAAUUGCUUGUGUUAUCAUUCUGGUAAGAAGAAAAUAGAGCCAUUGAAUAUUAUUCAGGCCCCACCUUUUAGUAAGAAAACGGGAAAAAAAACAAAAACAGGCAAGUGAAAUGAAGAAAUUAUUGAUGGUCUAAAGCGAAAGUAAAUUUGUCGGCUUUCUCUGACUUCUGGGUAACUCAUGUUCCGGUAUGGCAAAUUCUUGGAACCAGUAAAAUUGCGUAUCAAUAUAUUUGGAUUAUUUAAUAUUUCGAUAAAAUAGCUGGUAGAUUUUGAUACUGAGAAUAUAAAUUUGCACAUUUUCUUUCGAAAGUUCUUAAAUCUGCCUAACCUUGCCCUUGUUUGUGCGUUAUCCUCAGAAGAUUUUUACAAUUCUCCAGUUACGCAAUUUGUUAAAGAAAGUCACGCAAUGCCUGUUUGUUUGCCUCGCUUCCCAUGGCAAGGAAAAGUGACAAUUCUGUGGCUCAAAGGGAUAAUUUUAGAACAUACAUUCGCAAAGAUUUUGGUUGAACAAGCUUAUCAUUGGUCAGUAAUACGUGUACUUUUGUAAAUUGAUACGAUCGUGAUAAUGCAUAUCGUCCCGUGUUGUUUCUAUUAUUCACAAGAUCUAAAAUACGUGGCAAAGUUUCAUUUUUAGAGUUUGAAGAUGUUGGAAGAAGAAUUUAGUUAAUAAAAUUGUAUUUGUUUUUGCAACACUUAAAUUGACUUUUUCUAAGUAGCAGAUUGCCUUUCCCCCCAAAGCCAAGUUAAGUCAGUUCGGUGCGUAAAACGCAUUGUACUAAAGUUGAUGGCUAAUAACCUUCGGCAUGAAAUAUUGAUUACUUUUGUCAGAGAAUUUGUGUUUAGUGCUAAAUAAGCUGGCUUUUUCUUAUUUCUUUUUCGAUAAAGAACUAUGAGACAGUGGACAGAACAGAUCCCAGCGCGCGUGCGCAAGGCGAGAGGAGGGCUCGAGAGGAAAAUGAGGAGAGAAUGAGAGAAUUGCGUGACAAGAUGGAAAAAGACCGCGAGCUGGCGUUACGCGAAGCGAAGGAACGUGCCCUGUACGAAGACGAGGCACAGAGGAUGCGGUUAGAUAAACAACGACGUGAAAGAGAAGAAAAUGAAAGAAGAUUGAAAGAGGAGGAAGCGUUCCUUCAACUCAAACAGGAUCUGUUGUUGUACGAUUUUCAGAUUUGCCCAAGGAUCAGGAAAGAAUCUUUCACAGGUCUGCAGGUGGACGACGUUGAUCUGAUUCGCAUUGCCUUGAUCGGCCCUACGGGUUCUGGGAAAACUAGUUUUGUUGGUAAGAACAAAUUUUACCUCUUUGAAUCAACCAUCAACUGCUUCCAAAUGCUAUUAUCAAGGAUGGCUAAUAUCAUUGGGUGUGUUUAACCUCUAGUUGGCUUUUGCGAUCAUUGAGGUUUGGAUACAAAGACCAAGAUUUUAACAACUCUAAUACAGUCGACUCCCUCGGGGACACCCCCGGAGGGAAAUUUAGUGUCCGUAAUGGCAAAAGUUCGGCGGGGUAUGAGAGAAAAAAAAUUGUUUUGUCUCUCAACAUCAGAAAUAGUAUGUAACUACGCAAACGUAAAGUUUCUAAAGUGGCCUCACGAACCAGCCGCAACCAGGAAAUUUUCAUGUUCGCACCCAGUUGGAGAAUGAUUUUUUUUAAUUUUCCUUUAUCGUAAUGUCGCUUUAUAUUAUGUGAGUCAAGAUUUUAGACGAAGUGUCCGCUAUAGCGAGAGAAAGAAAAAAAGUGAAAUGUUGCGCUGGGGGGCAUGAAAGUGUCCGUAAUGACAGGAGUUUAUUUCAGUCAUUUCUUUAUGCGUUUCGUCGGGGGGCUGGCUUUUGUUCGCUAUGGCGGGGUUUCCGUAAUAGCGAGGUGUCCGCAGGGCGACAUUCGACUGUAUUUCGCAAUCUUAAAGAGACACGACAAUCGUCUUACAUAGAAAAUAUAUUGGCGCGGCGAAUCGAGUGAAGGCAAGCGAGUGCACAUACAGAAGUUUUAGAAAUAGAUAAAUUGUAUUAGUGCGCAUUUUGUUAGAGUUUUGCGCAUAUCCUGAAAUUUUUUUUUAUUAUUUCUAAGGUACUUUACAGCGAGCUCUCGGAGAGGCCGAACAGAGCGCCUUUGAACAAGGUACCGGAAGUGAAGGAACUAUUUUGCUCGAGGAAUACUAUGUGCACAAGAAGAUUCGGAUGAUUGACACCAGAGGGUUUUUUGAGAGUGACGAAAGACUCCUGGAUGAAUGUCUCAAUAUAAUGUCGGGAAGGUGAGAAUUCAAUAAGGAUAAUAACCUUAACGAUAAUAAUAAUAAUAAGUCUUUCUUUUCAUAUUUCAACAUCCUUCAGGGUAGAAAAACAGGAUGCAGUUUUUCAACUUCAACUUCGACUUUUAUUUCUAUUUCAAAAUAGCGGGCAAAGCCGCGCAUAGCCGCGCAUAGCCAUGGGGGGAAAUGAGCAUGGAGCAUCCUCCCUUGCUUAAGCACCAGUGUUUUGUUUGAGGUUAAUGGACUGAGAGCAGGCACCUUUAUAUUCAAGAUGGGUAUAUGAAAGGCCAAUGAAUACGACUUCUGGCGGAACAUACCUUUGCAAAAUUGUGUUAACUAGCCCUAUCCCGCGCUUUCUAUCUUAUCUAGCGUAAAACGAAGGAGGGGGAGCCCGUGGGUAGGGAUUCCCCUUUCCCCCUGUUCCCCUGAAAUGGCCCUCAUUCGCCGCCUCUUACGCUUUUCAACCCAAGUAACAACGAAUGCUCAGUCGCUUGUUCCCUUUUUAUCUUUAUCUAGAAUCCGUCCAGGAGAAGAAGUUAAGCGAAAUUGUGACGGAACUGACGCAGCAGCCAAUCAAGAGCCCACCGGUCCAGUGAGAGGUGUACUACCUCUUUCAAGAUGCGCACAUGCUGUUGUUUUUGUUGUUAAGGCGAACGACCCGCGUUUGAAAGACGGCAAGUACAAGGAAACUCUGAAGAAAAUCAGAGAGCAUUUCAGAAAAGAUGGUAAGUAGAGAUAAAACUUUGAAGAUUAUUCCCAUGGACGCAAAUUCCUAAGUGAAAUCAGAGACAGGUGAUACCGUUUUUACUCUGCCUAAGAGCCUGUUUACAUGGAGGUGGGGGACCCCAGGUAGGUGAGGUAACCCGCCUAAGUGGGGUAACCCGCCUGUCCAUAUAAUUUCUUAUUUUAUCUUGAUCACGUUUACAUGAUAGGUGGGGUGACCCGCCUAGGCGGGUUGCCCGGUCUGCCAGGUAGGGUAACUCUGUCAGCCGGGGUGACAAUUUGCCACGAUUUAAACGUUUCAAGGUGGGGUAACCCGCCUAGCGAGCGUCGCGUUCAUGGCAAAAAGCUCAAAAGCGAAACAUGUAUGUUUUAAAACUUUGUACAUUCCACAUAAGGAGUGUAAAAUGUUCACAUUUUGGAAUGUUUUGCGUUGUAAAUCGACCAUAUUUCGUUUCCAAAACAAUUCCAGGUAGGGUAACUCUGUCAGCCGGGGUGACAAUUUGCCACUAGUUAAACUUUUCAAGGUGGGGUAACCCGCCUAGCGAGCGUCGCGUUCAUGGCAAAAAGCUCAAAAGCGAAACAUGUAUGUUUUAAAACUUUGUACAUUCCACACAAGGAGUGUAAAAUGUUCACAUUUCGGAAUGUUUUGCGUUGUAAAUCAACCAUAUUUCGUUUCCAAAAUAAUUCCGUAUAACGUAUUAAGUCAACGGUUCCUCGCGUAACCUAACACCGCGUAACACAACGCAUGACGCUUUCAUGAAUAAAUACUUAUGUGUCCGAGAAUUAAUCUUUCGUCUUUCUCGAGAUGUGAGUUUGGAACGCCUCUGCUCAAACUCCCUAAUUACAAGCGCAAAAAUAACUUCACCCCAGCACCCCGGGGUUGUAAGAUUGUAUGUAAACGCGUUUUAUUUUUCAACCACAGUUUGGCGGGCUACCUCACCUUCCUGGGGUCUUUCACCUCCAUGUAAACAGGCCCUUAAUCUUCUUUGCAAGAGUCAUUGCCGUACAUUUUAGUGUAGCGAUAGAAAAUCAGGCGAGUGAGUCACGACAGACUUGCAGUGAAGCGAGGUGAGAGCGCAGCAUUAGGGCUUUGGGGUGGAGAUUUAGCGGGGGGGGGAGGUGUCGUUGGCGCCCAAACUAAAGAUGUGGUUGAACAUACUUUUGAAAUUACACGUGUUAUGGAUUGAUCUCCUGUAACGCUGAUAAGUCUGAUAACUCUCAGCUUACUUUACAGACUGCUCUAGUGUGUUGCAGACUUCCAUUUUGUGAGGACCCCCGAAAGGAGCGGCUGAGCGAUGUGGCGGAUGUCCCCACCCCACUCCACACCUUCUCCCCUUGGCCUUUUUCUACGCGUCCGCCUUUUCUCUCAUUCAACUCCAUCAAUCGAGAUAGUGCUGUGGUACUAAAUGUAAUUAUAUUUACCGUAACCUUUCAGGUUAUGCUCCUGUGACUGUAAUCACCUACCUGGACAAGCUUAAAGAUAAGGAGGACAAGGAUGAAGCUUUUGACCAGGCCUCCUGGGCGACCGGUAGCUCCAGUGAGAAGACCUACUUCAUUGCAAAUUACACGCACGCUAAAGCUGAGCAGUCUGAUGCUGUGGAUCGAGCCGCCCUUGACAUCUUGGAUUCUGUUUUGUUGUCUGCCGAGAGGUUUAUCAGAAUCCGUAAACAGCGAGAGAAAAAUAAGAUGGAGAGAGAAAUCGUGGCAGGAGGUAACAGAUUUUACCUUAGUUUUCGGUAAAUGUGAGAAAAUGAAAAUGGUGCAUAAUGUAUGCUACUUCGGUAUAUGCAGAACAAUUUUCAACGAUAAGUCUCUUAUAUGGCCCAAGCUACCUACGGGUUUUCUGUAGCUAAGCGAUAGAGUAUUCCGCAGGGAGUAAUCGAAGGUUCCAAUACUCGUUGAAGACAUUUUUUACUUGUACACUCGACCAUUAUGUUCAACAUCUGCCUUCAUGGCACCGAAAAUAUUCACGAAUAGUAUUGAUGACGUGGUGGGCUUGGGAGAUGAAAGCAAAUCAGGAUACAAAGAGAAAGAUAAUAUUUUUAGAAUUCUCAGUAGUCCUGUGGUCAGUGCACUGGACUCCGAGUCGGAUUACCCGAGUUCUAGUCUUGGCCGGGGCAAGGCGUUAUGCCCUUGAGACGUGCGGGAAAAAAAAAAUGCGAGCUCCGCUUUUAGGCUUGGCUAAAUCUAUAUACUAUUAUGAUAAUAUCCCAUAAAAAUGCAUAAUGUAACUCUUCUUCAAGAGAGAUUACUAGUUGGCAAGUUAAGCACAACGUUUUACAUCAAUAUUGAACGGCAAAAAUGAAAUCUAAAUUUGCUCACUCACUCCAAUCCAGAAGUGCACAAAAAAACCGUUGUCUUCUAAUACAGAUUCAAAGAUUUUAAUUUUAGUGUAAAAACAGCUAAACACAGACGGAAAGUGUGCCUUUGUUGUUAUUGUCCUCCUUAACUGCUCCUCAGUGCCCCCUUAUUUUUUCCGUCGUCAGGACCAUCCCUUAGUGGGGAAACCACUGAGCAGUUCUUGGCUCGUCUGCAGCAUAAACACCACUGGUCUGACCAGGGUAAGAUGAAAACUCUGAAGGAACACUUGAAGAAAGAAGAGAUCAACACCGUAAAGGUGCUGAAGGAAAUGUGGGAAGACAUCAAGUCGAGUCUGCCAUUGUCCAUUGGAAUGAAGAUAGUCUUGGAAGAGGAGAUGCAGAGCUUGUGA